AUCCCUCCGCCCUUCACUCGUCUUGCCAUCCGGCGCCGCUUUUCAUCAGCUGUUCCGGUGCACGAGCUGCUCUCACGCAAUUGGCACUCGUUCUCGUACAGUAAUCAGCAUCACCAUCGCGCAUCGGCGACGCGGCGUCCGAUGCGAACUCACCAGGACAAAUGUCGCCGCAUGAAUACAUGUAUACAUCGUAGUUCCACAGUCCUCCGUCCAGCAGCACUAAGGCGCGCACAUGCGUAUUGAACACCGCCUCCACAGUCCCGAAUAGCUUCUUGUCCUCGAAUGUCACGCUCUCGGCCAUGGCUGGAAUAGAGCAGGUCGUCGUGCACUCCAAGAGCUAUGUCGUACGCUGGAUUCAGGUCGCCGAGCACCACUCUAUCUCCUGGUCCAUUCAGCCCCACAAGAAGAGCAUCAACUUUGGCAUCUUCAAGCAUCCUGGCACACGAAACGCAGGUCUACCAAAUGAAGAGGUUGUGGAGACCUCUUCGAGAGAUGCUCCCACGACCCCGGCGCUCGAUGGGCAGGAGAGACACAGGCAGACGUCGCGACGAGCAUCGAUGUCCGAGGGCAAAAGUGAGGUGCUCGACAAGCUGCAUACCGUGGGCAUCAAGUCCGUUGCGUGGGCAGGCAAAUGCGAGGCAGAUAAAGUGGCCAUGGGGCGAUAUGACGUGCCUGUAGGAGAGGGAGGCGCAUAUGGCCUGGUCUUUGACAAUACUUUCUCCAAACAGAUGUCGAAGAAUGUCACCCUCGUGCUGAUGACCCACCCCACGGACGCGCCCCCAAAGUCAGGGCAUCACCUCCACUACUCGCAGGCCUUUUCGAACCAGAGCUCUACUACUGUGAUUGGCAAGAGCAGCAGUCCCCCAACCAGACAUACGAACGACUCUAGUGACUCCUUGACGUCGAACUUGCACCGAGCCGUGCUGGAGGAUCCACGACCGAACUCAAAGGGUGGAGUAGAGAGCAAGGGUACCGAGGGCAGCACCUUCUACACUGGCACGCUGUACAAGAAGAGACGAAAGAAGGGCCAAGGGUACGCGAAGCGUUUCUUUUCGCUGGACUUUACCAGCUCGACUUUGUCGUACUAUAGGAAUCGACACUCUUCCGCGCUUCGUGGCGCUGUGCCUCUCUCGCUAUGUGCCGUAGGUGUGGACGAGAAGACUCGCGAGUUCUCUGUCGACUCAGGCGCAGAGGUGUGGCAUCUCAAGUCACGGAAUAAGAAGGAUUAUGAGGGCUGGCGGCAGGCGCUAGAUAGGGCGUCCAGCACAGCUUCGUCCUCGAUACCUGGAACGCCAUUGAGGAAUUUGCGCGAUUUUCCAGUGUCUCGGUCGCUGAAUCCCGAAGAGGAGCGCGAGUGGGCUCGAGUAGAGCAGCUGGUUAGCAAAGUAUCGGGCACGCGCGAUGCUCUCAGGGUACUGGCGAAAGACACCGAUCCGAAGUAUUCCUUGGGACCCAGCAACGCACUGGGAUUGACCACCUCUGGCAGUAGUAGCAACAACGCCAGUCCCACUACCUCGCACGAAUCAACAAGUCAGUACUUUCCUGAGCUUGACGAGCGACGAGAGAGUAAGCGACCGUUUUGGAAGCGAACAGCUAGCGCGGAACGUAGCCCGUCAACUCUGUUUCGCAGAAGCGUGUCAGCACAGCUAGCAGUACCAUCGCCUGGGCUGGUAGGACCAAGCUCUCCUCAACCCGGGCACCUGACUGUGCAGAAACGUGCGAGUAGACAGACUCUCCAGUCACCCACUCCGCACCCGGACAUGGAAGUGCAUGAACGGUGUAUGGCAUUACUCCAAGACCUCAACCUAGUCGUUGAAGAAUUCUCCGAUUUGAUUGCAGAGAGUAAGAAUCGGCGUCAACCUGCGAUGCCGACCAACGCCUCAAGAAUGUCCAUCGACUCGACAGAUGACCAAGAGUUCUUCGAUGCCACCGAUGGUGGCGAGAACCCGUCACAGCUGCUCAAUAUUCGGCGUUCCAGCGAAUUCGACAAACACAAUGAGGAAGAAGAUCUAUUCGACGACCGCUCAGAGGCAGAUUCAGAUACCAGUAGUGAUGCGGGUGACGGCCCUGCAGGUUCUGUGCCUUUCUCCCCGGCCGGCAAAGGAUCACCAUCGCCUCUCUUUCCGCACAAGCCUGAUAAGCUGCCUCCUCUGCCAUUACCGCACGCCAAACGAAGGACUACUAUACAAGGUCCGCGACAGCCGCCACCCAGCAUCAUCGGGUUCUUGCGGAAAAACGCAGGAAAGGAUUUGAGCCAAGUUGCGAUGCCAGUCACAGCCAACGAGCCGACGUCUCUCUUGCAACGUCUGGCUGAGAGUGUCGAGUAUCCGCAACUGCUCGACGCCGCAGCAGGGGCCAGCACUCCUGCCGAGCGCCUGAUGUAUGUGUCAGCAUUCGCGGUGUCUUUCUUUUCCUACAAUCGAGUCAAAGAGCGCGCUCUGCGCAAGCCAUUCAAUCCCAUGCUUGGAGAGACGUUUGAACUCGUGAGAGAAGAUCUGGGGUUUCGUUUCAUAGCCGAGAAGGUCAGCCAUCACCCAGUACGCAUGGCGUGUCAGGCCGAGAGUCUCACAAAUGGUGGCUGGUGCUAUCUCCAGUCGCCAAAGCCGGAGCAGAAGUUUUGGGGCAAGUCAGUCGAGCUCAACAAUGAUGGAAGAGCGCGAGUCAUCCUACACGCUUCGGGCGAACGUUUCUCGUGGAAUCAAGCCACAUGCUUCCUGCGCAAUGUCAUUGCUGGUGAAAAGUAUGUUGAGCCUGUCCAGACGAUGACAGUGCAAAGCGAGACGAGUGGCUUGCGUGCAAUAGUGUCUUUCAAGGCCGGCGGCAUGUUUUCAGGUCGCAGCGAAGAAUUGACUGUGCAAAUCCUGGAAGGCGACUCACCGUCCGACAUUGGGCUGGUUGGGAAAUGGACCGACAGCUUGAAGCGGACAGAUACGGAUGAGACGAUUUGGAAAGUUGGCGGUCUUGUGCCCAAUUCAGCCAAAGUGUAUGGUUUCACCACCUUUGCGGCGGCCCUUAACGAAAUCACCGAGAUUGAAGCAGGUCAUCUACCACCUACGGAUUCGCGUCUUCGGCCGGACCAGCAGGCUCUUGAGGCAGGUGAUUCUGAUAAGGCUGAGGGACUCAAGGCUCGUCUAGAGGAGAGACAGCGUGCUCGAAGAAAGGUUUUGGAGACUCAUGGGCAGUCAUACAAGCCACAAUUCUUCGAAAAGGUCGUUAAUGUCGAAGGCGACGAGGAGGUAUGGACGCUCAAGCAGAACGGCAGCUAUUGGGAUAAGCGCGCUGCGAACGACUGGCGCGGCGUGCAGGAGGUAUUUGAGGUGUAAGAGCUGCUCACUUGCUUGGUAUUGCUUCAAUUCGCACAUACACAUUGGAGGAGAUGUACCAUCUUUGUAAAAUGGCAUUGGGUAGCGAGAGGAAACAAU